AUGAAUACUUAAGAAAAAUUAGAUUAAAUAUCGGAACAGGUAGAUUCUCUAAAUAGGAAAUACGGAGAGAGGAGUAUCUCCCCCACUCAAGACUCCCAAAGAAAAAAUAUGCGUCGAAUCAAAAGCAGUGGUCAAUCCCUCAAAACAUUCAAUAUGAAACCUCAAUAACAAAACUUUCUAAAAUCCUCCAAAGAAACAUCUGGAGGAGGAUUCUAUUAGAGAUCUUAAAUAAUGGGUACAUCAUUUCCUUCAAUACGUACAAGAGAUAAAUAGAAUAAUGAAUCAAAAUAAGUGAAUGCUAAGAAAGAAGAGAGUGUGAGUUUGGCUCACAUAGAUUCAAUAGUGGGGAUCAAAUCUCUACUGGGACCCAAUCAUCAUUGUCACUUCGAAAUUUAAGUAAAACAUCUUGUUGCCAAAUUGGAAGCCAGUGAAUAGUUAACAAUCAAAGCCAAGGAAGAAUUGGAGAGUGUAAUUUGGAUGGUCAAGAAUUAUAAUAGUGAAGGUUUGAUAUCCAAGUUAUUACAAUUGUAAUAAUUGAAAAAUGAAUUAGAGAAGGAUCAACAAUUGAUGAGGGAGGAAAUAGAAAUGCUGGGAAUGCAGAGAGAUGAUUGGUAAUCCAAGUAUUAGGAGAUUUAUGAGAAACUAUUGAAAAUGCAAGGUAUUGAAAAUGAUCUGCAUGAUGCAUUACAUAAAUUGUAGAUGUCAAAUGAGUCAUUAGAAUAAAUUAACAGGAGAUUGAGAGAAAAGCAAUUGGAAGUUUAGGAUUGGCAAAGGAAAUGCAAUACUCAUGAUGAAUAAUUUAAAAUCAGGAUCACCAAAUUGGAAGAAACAUUAAAAGAAAAAGAAACAUAAAUUUAACAAUUACAAAAGAAAUUAUAAAGAUUAGAUAGUGAAAAUGCAUUCCUACAAUAAGAGAUGAGGAACAAGACAGAAAAAUUGGAAGAAGAACAAAGAAGAUCAAAAUAAUUACAUGCCGAGUUAUUAGAUACUAGAGUCAAUAAGGUUUAGAAUUUGUAAGAUGAAAUUGUCAAGUAAAAGAAAGUCAUCCAAUAGAGAGUAGAAGAAAUUGAAGAACAAGAGAAAAAGAAUAAAUUAUUGAAUGUAAAUUAUUGUUCAUUAUUGUAGAAUAAACUCAAUCUAUUAGAAACGUAAUUGAAGAAUUUUGAUGAUGUGGCUAGAUAAGAAAAAGAAGAGUUAGAAAAAGGAUGGUAGAAGAAGUAUAAGGAAUUGGAGAAAUAGAGUGUCUAAUACAAAAGAGAUUUGAAUUAGUUGGAAAUACAAUUAUAAUAAGUUGAUUUGUUAGUCUAAUAGAAAGAGCAAGAAGUAGAAUAAGCAGUAGUUAAAGUUAAAGAACUAUCAGAUUUAAAUGAGAGGCAACUAUAAACUCUGCAAGCCAAUUCUAUUGAAAUACUUAGAUUGAAUCAGGAAGUCUAAGAGAAGGAUUAAGAUUUAGAAUAUGCAGAAUAAUAAAAUGAAGAAAUCUCCAAAGAACGAACUACUUUGAUGGAUAGAAUUGGAGAAUAAAACAAUGAGAUUUCUGAUCUUAAAUAAUAGGCAUUUUAAAUGAAGAAGGAGUUGGAGGGUAUGAAAUGGGAGAAACAAGAUUCAGAUAGAAAAUUGGAGAGGCUAAAUGAAUAGAUCGCAUAGGCUAAUCAAAGUUCAGAUCAAUUUAGAUAAUAAUUAGAUGAAGAGAUCAAGAAAACAUACUCAUUGUAUUCUGAAAUCAAUAAGUUGAAAUAAGACAUUGAAGACUUAAAGGUCUAACAUCAAAAGGAAAUGUAAUAGCAAUAGAAGGUUAUUGAUGGUAAAGAUGAGGAAAUAAAGAAAUUGCAUGAUAAAUUAUAAGAAUUCUAGGAUCAAGAUAAAGAUCUAUCAGACAAAUUAAAAAAGUUGAUGAAUGAGAAUGAGAAUAAUUCGAAGUUGAUUUAGUAAUUGUAGAAUGAAAAAUUAGAGUUGGAAUAAUAAAUUGAAGAGCUAAAGAAAUUGCUUUCUCAAUAUGAAUAACAAACUAUAGAAUUCUAGAAGGAAAAACAAUAAUUACUGUAGAAAAUAGAAGAAAUCCAAAACGAUAAGACUGAAGUCCAACUAUUGAAUGCUGAAAUAGAAAAGUUAAAAGCUGAUUUAGACUCAAAAAAAAACUAUGACGAAUUGAAAGAAAUGGCUAGUCAAAUUAAUACGGUUUAUGAAGAAAAGGUGUAGUUGGAAAAACAAAAGAAUGAAUUGCAAAUUUAAUUAAAUAAAACAACUGAAGAACUUAAAGAAUGGAAAGACAAAUAUGCUAAAUUAGAAAAUGAUAAGAAAAAUAGUGAUGCUUUAUACGCUUAAUUUAAAGAGAGGUCAGAACAGUAGCAAGAAAUUUAUUUAACACAAAUCAAAGGAAUGGAAAAAAAGAACUUUUAACUUAAUGAGGAAUACUAAAAAUGCCUAGACAAAAUCGAUAUUUUAGAAGAAGCCCUCUAAAAUUAGAGUAAAGAUAUUAAAAUCAUUCCAAAAUAAGCCUAAAUCCCUCUUCAUAGAAAUAAUACAUUUCAACAGAUCUUUGUUGAGGACAAGGUGUUUUCUAAGGAUUCUACAAAUGAAGAAAUUCAAUUGAAAUUCUCAGAAAUUGAUUUUACAAGAUCGAAAGGACAUCUUACAAUUUGCUUUUGGGUUAAAAUUGAUAGAACUAAUUCUAAAGAAAUGCUUCCUAUCCUCAAAAUUAGCACUGAAAACAAGAAGCUUCUAGAAAUGGGUGUUUAUUUAGAUAGCAAAUAGGUGUAUAGUACUUUCAUUCCUAACAAUCAUCCCAAAAACACUAAAUAACAGAAUCCAUUAACAGUUACCUCCUAACUAUCAAUUAAAUUAGGAGAAUUUUAAUUGUUAGCCCUUAUUUUAAACGAAUCAGGCUAAUAUAUGGAUAUGGGUUUGUGUUUGAAUGGAGUUAGAGAUGAUUAGGUUUCAAUUUCCACUUCUUUAAUCUUCCCAGAGGCUCAAUUGUCAUUUGGAAAAUACACCACUCAUCAUCUUGUAUUAAAGGAUUGUUUAGUAAUAACUGAGAAUUUACAAAGAAUCAACAUAUUUAAAGAAGUAUAUUAAACAUUCUAUCAAAAAUAUAAUGGAGUUAAGAAAAUGAGUAGAAGAUAUGGAUAGAAGAAAGAAAGUAUCUCCUAUUUAUCUGCAGGAGAUUUGAUAUUCUUUUUGAUUUAACAACAUGAAUAAUCUCCCCCGAAAUCAGGAAGCAGAUCUAAAUCCCCUCCCCCAACUUAAGCAGUAAUUAUCAAUAAUCGAACCAUUCCAGCUGGAUUAGUUAGUUAAUAUGAAUUAGCAAAUACCUAAACAAAAACUGAAGAAACCAAGCCAGAAGAGAUUCAAGAAUAACCUUAAUGGAGCAGGAAGUAUUCAAUGGAUAAACUCAAGAAGUUUUUAUAUACAAAUUUCAAUUAUAAGAGGUUGUUGAGUCCAUUCACUGAAAAUUAUGAUUACAUUAGUUUGGGAUUACAAUUAUUACAACCACCACGAAAUGAUGAGUAACCUCCUACCAAAUUUCAUAAAGUGAUCAAACCAAAAAUCCAAUUAUCUCCCUAUUAUAUGAUGCCUUAUAAAUAGUUUCUUCAAUAUAUCCAAUUUGUGGGAUUAUUAAGAGUAACCUUUGAAGAAUUACACGAUUUGUGUGAAUUAAUGGAAGUAAUCUAUACAAGUGACAAAGUACAAUAUAUUCACUAUGAUCACUUUCUGAUUGUGUUAAGAGAAUGUAUUAUGACAAGGGCUGACUUAAAGAAGAAAAAGGAGUUAGAAAAAGGUGAGCCUCAACCACCACAAGAAAUCAUCAUAAAAUCAACAGGCAAGGAAGAGCAAGAAGUUGAAUUGUUUAAUGCUGUUGAAGUAACAGAGGUUUCAAUUAUAAAAAAUGAAUAAGAAACUCAAUUAGAAAUCAAAUUAAAAAAUGAUUCCGUACAGACCUUCCCUCUUGAACAUUUGCCUGCAGCAUUUGUUGGUACAUUGAAUCUAAGCUAGUAAAGAAAGUUGAGUUUUAUCUUUUCCAAUGAUUCACAAAUUAAUGAGAUCAAAACAGAGACCAAUUCAUUAUUGUUGGGAGAGUAAAGUGAAAUCACAUUGAAUCAUGAAGUAGAAUUAGAUGAAAAUGAAAAAAUAGUCAAAUUUAGCAUAUAAGAUAAACAAAUAAGAAUAGUGAUCUAAAAUUCUAAGAAAAUACUUGAAGAAAUUCCACCACUUGAGAUGGAUCCAGAAACUGAAUUGGAAACUUUGAGUUUACCUUAAGUUCCAGACAAUUGGAAUCUUGGCAAAUUCUAUGUCAAUAUUACCAGAUGCUAAAAUUGUGAUAAGCACCAAUAGACUACAAGGCAUUAAGAGAAAGAUUUUAUAGAGAAGACAGAAUAUGUAACAAAUAUUCUCAAGGAACUAUUUCCUAAUGUUGAAAUUAUUGAAAAUGAAGAUAAGACUGACAAAUUGGAAAACUUUGAAGUGUAUAUCAAAAAUUCUCUUGGUCCUGAAAAGAUCAUGCUUCUUCAGAAACAAGAGAAUAUGAAUAAGUUUAAAGAUCAUUUUAAUGAUAAAUUGCCCAAUCUAUUUGAAAAAUUAAUGCGCAUAAUCAAUUUUCAUGGUACAACAGAGAAGUUGGGACAGGAGUAGGAAAAGUUAAAGUGA